AUGUGGGAAAUUUUUUUUGCAGAAGUCCCAUCUUUCCAGACAUCAGAGAUUUUUAACACAGGAGAAACCUACUUUCCUGUCCUUGAGUGA